AUGGUUUCUGCAGACAAUAUCAACCUGGACUGUCUAGAGCUUAUCUUCGCCUACCUGUCUGGAAAUGAUCUUGUCUCUGUUUCGCUUGUCAGCAGAUCUUUUCUUGCCGCCGUCAUUCCCCGUCUGUACAGGACACUGAGCUUCGGUCUGAAUCAAGCCAAGCGAUAUCCCUCGGUAAUCUCGCCAUUUGCCGCCGUGCUGGCCCAUACCAAUCUAGCUAGCCAUGUCAGGCAUAUCGUCAUAGACUUGCGGGCUAUUCCGACAGUGAAGUUCAUUCCGCAGCCAAAGUUCAUGGACGAUUGCGUUCGCACGAUAUCCAUGUGCAAAAACCUCGGUUCCUUCACGUGCACUUUGGACGUCGUGCCGAAUUUCUUGCUCGCUCUCCAGGACAAAACGUCGCUGGAGCAGAUGCGUAUUAUUGCAAACUUUACGACAGACCAAGCAGAGCAGGUAUCCAAGAUCUCCGGGUUGCGCUCGCUCACGCUUGAUUCUGGUUCAUGGAACUCGAUCGACGCUUUGCCCAGAUGGAGCGAGGUUCUUAGACCCACGCUCACGUCAUUGACGUUGCAUGGCAUCAAUACACUCAGCCCGGAGAUCAUGGAGACCGUCCUGCCGAAUCUCCCUUCACUACAUAGCUUGCACAUCAUCGGGUGCCCCAAGGUCGACCAAGGCGUAGCGCUCAAUCUGAUCAUCCACACCCCACAUCUUCAGAGUCUAGCGUUCACGAGUUACGACAAUUCCCGCUCAAUGCCGUCCGUUGUCUCUCCCCUGCCACGUCUGCGCCAUCUUGCCAUCGACACCCAUAGUGCGCCCACCCAGGCCAAUGCCACACCGUCCAUAUGGGGAACAAUAGUGAACCUGACUCGGACGUGGUCGUGCCCGCUCAAGUCAAUCUCGUUCAAGAUAUCGGACAAGAUCACGCUGGGCGACGGAUUCAUCGGCAACAUCGUCCAGAGCCACGGUGCGACGCUCGCCCAUCUCUCUCUGCGCAACUGCGUGCUCUCGAAGGAAAGCACGGCGUUGAUCUGCCGGAGGUGCGUGGAGCUCGAGACGCUGAAGCUGAGCUUGCCCGGGAAGGACAUGCAUGCGUUCUCCGACGCGCUCUACCACGCGAAGCGCUUGCACACCCUCACCGACACAGGUGAGCUGCACAGCACGCACGCUUCGCGGGCCCCCAUUCCGAAAUCGGACAUCAAGCUGCUCAUGACUCGCCAACCGACCCUCGAGAAGAUCAUCGCAGACGGUCGUACGUGGACGGUGAGCUUCAAGUAUGGGUUAUAUGUCAUGUCAAUCUCAUGA